AUGGAUCAUCCUUCUCUCGAAGCCAUCUCCCGACUCACAUGCGAUUUGAUCACCUUGCAAAACGACCUAUGCUCCUACCGAAAAGACCUUAUUCAAGGCGAGGACAAUAACGUCAUCUUCAUUCUCAAAGAUCAGGGUCUAACAGAACAGCAAGCUGUGGACGAGAUUGGAGAGAUGCUGUGCGAUUGUUACCGACGAUGGGGCACUGCCCUCGCAGAUCUUCCAUCUUGGGGAGAGGGUAUUGACCGAGACGUGAUCAAGUUUGUCAACGGUUGCAGAAAUAUUGCCCUAGGUAAUCUUCACUGGAGUUUAACUACAUUCCGAUAUCUGGGUGAUGAGGGUCCUAAGGUCAAAGAGACACGAAUGAUGAAGCUUCCUUGA